CAGGUUCCUGAAAGACAACAACAGCUGCUGAUCGCGCGCUUGAAACGAGCACCGACCCCCCGCGAAAAAUAGAAAAGAAGCUCUCCGAAGAAAAGAUCAUGGCCGCCGUCCUCGACGACGUCAACCUCGAGCGCGGCCUGCGCGCGACGAUGACGCGCGACGCCAGCACGGGCCGCGUGCCCGUCAUCGACAUGCGCGCGGACGACGCCGGCGCGCGCAUGUGGGACGCGGCGACGACGGUGGGAUUCUUUACGGUCGUGAACCACGGCGUCGACGAGGAGACCAUCUCCGCGGGCUUCGCCGCGUCGCGGGCCUUCUUCGCCCAGGACCAGGGCGAGAAGGAGCGCCAGUCGCCCUUCGCGCCGCGGCUCAACUCCGGCUACGAGUACAUGACGCAGGUCCGGCCGAGCACGGGGACGGCGGACCGGAAGGAGUCGCUGCAGAUCACGGCGCGCGAGGGCGCCAUGGACGGCCGCUGGCCGGCGACGCCGGCGACCUUCGAGGCCGACGCGCGGGCGCUGCUCGGCGCGUCGCGGGGCCUGGCCGCGCGGAUCCUCGACCUGCUCGAGCCGCGCGCGUGCCCGGACCUCGCGCCGGGCACGCUGAGCGGCUCGCACGCGCUCUGGGGCGCCGGCGGCCAGUGCUGCCUGCGCCUGCUCCACUACCCGCCGGCGGACGCCGUCGCGGCCGACGACGCGACGACGUGGCGCGCGGGGCCUCACACGGACUGGUGCUGCGUGACGCUGCUCUACCAGCGGCCGGGCAACGAGGGCCUCGAGUGCGCGGCGAACCCGCGCGGCGGCGCGGCCCAGGCCUCGUGGCUCCGCGUGGACCCCGUCGCGGGCGGCGUCGCCGUGAACGUCGGCGACAUGCUGAGCCGCUGGGCCGACGGCCGCGUGCUCUCGAACCUGCACCGCGUGCGCAUGCCCGCGACGGCCGCGGAGUGCGGUCGGUCCCGCUACAGCGUCGCCUUCUUCAUGCAGGCCGACAAGGAGGCCGUCAUCGCGUCCAAGGGCGGCGCGAUCACCGCGGGCGACUACAUCCUCGGCCGGAUCAAGUCGAACUUCGCCAAGGCGAACUAGGCUAACUUGACUGUGUGUA